GGUGGUGAGCAGUCUGUGGGCUGAGGAGUUGUGUCUGCCUCUGACUGUGUGUCUGUGCGAGUUGAGGGAGGCGGGGGCUGAGUCAGUGGGAACGGGGGAUGGUUUUCGGAGUGACUCACUCUCCCCCACCCCAAGCCUGAUUCAGACCCCUGAGAAAGGCUUUGUUCGUGGGGCGGAUGGGAAGUCAGGCGCCUGUGUCCCUGGUGGGGGACACCGAUUCGUGGUAGUUGGUGAGAUCGUGCUUAGGGCACAGGAAGUUUUGUUCUGGAGCGCUGUGUAGUCCAUGGUGUCGUCGUGGGAGGCUGUGGAUAAAGGCUGGAGAUCAAGACGGCUGGAGGGACGGAACUCUCUAGUUUAGGGAAAGCUGAGUCAGUUCCCCGUGGGAAAGGGGAAGUGGUAGAGGGGAAGUGUCAUCAUCGCAGAAGGGGAAGCUGCAUUUCCUGGUAACUAGCAGAGUUCUGGGCACCGCUUCCUUAGCCGGGAUCUGCUUCUCUGACAUCUGGUACCCCGAGCUGCCGUUUGUCCACGGCUGGUUUCUCUACCCCCGCAGGGCUUGAUUGGGCAGCCAGGUUGGGUUGCACUUGACCACAGUUUAGCGUUGUACGCGUCCCAGGGAUUGGUAACUGACAGACUGAAGCCUCAAGAGAGUUCUGACCGGAGCUCUGCGUGAACCGAGUGGUCCGCGGAACGCAAGGUCCUCCCGGGGACCGUACCGGAGCAACCUGCAGGAUCUGUCGGGUCCAAGCACUUUUCAGGCACAGAUGACCUUGCCCCCAGCGGGAGGGAAGACAGUUUUCGCCAGAAACCCUUCUGCCUUUGUGGGCUGGCUGGAAAUUUCCUCCCGGUGCAGACUUCUCGGCCAAGGCGAACUUUCCAGCCGCCCCCAACCCCUCGCCGUGCGCCCGCUCUCCCCCGGCUUCCUGCCCGGCGCUUUCUCCAGCUGGAGAGCUAGCCCCGCCCCCGCGGCUUUGUACUCGACACUAGCCUCUCGCCGCUCUUUGUACUCUAGACUCUCAAUGGACCGAUCCCGGGAGCGGAGUAGGCUCCCUACCUGCCGGGACCUGGGGUAUGCGCAGGGAAGCAGCUUCUGAGCUCUAAGAUUUGAGAAGGCAGAGCUAGGAUUAAAGGGAACGUGCCCAGGAAAGGGGAGUACUGUGCCCGUUGUGGGUUCAGCUUCGACGGGAAAGGAGUAAAGGGGGGGGGGUGGCGUGAAGGAGGAAGUGAAACGGGUUCUGUGUUCUUUAAGGGAGUAGGCGGUGAGAGUGGGACAGGGGUGAUGUCACUGCCUGUUGGGCCCCGCCCUCCCCUCCCUCCCGAAGGACCCCCCCCUUACACAUACCGCUUCCGCUGCGCAAGUAGCCACGUCACGGGCAACCCCCGAAAUCCCCCCUCCCUUGGGGGGGGUGGGGGCCACGUGGGCCGUGGGGAACCGCGUGGCCCCGGCAGGGAAAGGGCACAGAGGAUUCAGGAGCCACGCGAGAGGGGCCGCCACUCCACGGUGCGCAGCUUCCCAGAAGUUGGAGGGCUGGGGGCACUGGCUGAGGGGGUCGCUCGAUAUUGAAGACUCAAAGCCAGGGAGAGUGGAGGAGCUGGAGGAACUUGGUAUGAGACUGGGGGACUUGACCAUGAUUUAGGACAGGGUCAGGCGCUGGAGGUGGAGCAUUCUGAUAGAGGCGCGGGAGGACCUGGGUGCUGGAUUUGCUGAUUGCGAGAUUUCUACCGGGGUGAUCGAGUGGAGAGUCGAUCGCCGGGUGAUGUGAAGCUGUUACUGAGGCGGAGACAAGGGUGAUGAUUGGCUUUCUGCGGAUAGAGAAGCCUUGUGAUUGGCUAAAUUUCUGAAGCUCUUGAAGCUGUGAGAGGACGCUCCCACGGAGGCUGGAAUUGGUUGCAGAAGGCCAGAGACUGUCACCUGGAAACAGUGGGCACUCUUGUUAGGGCAGUUGGAGCUGGACCAUCGUGCCAGAGAGCUGGGGCAGGGGGCUGUGCCCCAUCUCCAGGGCUCCUGGGGCCACUGCUGACCUGGCUGGAUGCAUCGGGCAGUGGACCCUCCAGGGGCCCGCUCUGCACGGGAAGCCUUUGCCCUUGGGGGCUUGAGCUGUGCUGGGGCUUGGAGCUCCUGCCCACCCCAUCCUCCUCCCCGAAGCUCAUGGCUGCCUGGAGGCAGAUGCUCUGCCAGCGUUGGGCAGCCCCCACUCUCUGCUCCUUUACCCCCAUCUCAUGGCAGUAGCUCCGGGCACCCUAACAAACCCUAUUAUGCUCCUGGGACACCCACCCCGAGACCCCUCCACGGGAAGUUGGAAUCCCUACAUGGCUGUGUCCAGGCAUUGCUCCGGGAGCCAGCCCAACCAGGGUUAUGGGAACAGCUUGGACAGUUGUAUGAGUCAGAGCAUGACAGCGAGGAGGCCGUAUGCUGCUACCAUAGGGCCCUUCGUUACGGAGGAAGCUUCGCUGAGCUUGGGCCCCGGAUUGGCCGAUUGCAGCAGGCCCAGCUCUGGAACUUUCAUGCUGGUUCCUGUCAGCACAGAGCCAAGGUCCUGCCUCCCCUGGAGCAAGUAUGGAAUUUGCUGCACCUUGAGCACAAACGGAACUACGGGGCUAAGCGAGGGGGCCCUCCAGUGAAGAGAUCUGCUGAACCCCCCGUGGUCCAGCCUAUGCCUCCUGCAGCCCUCUCAGGCCCCCCAGGAGAGGAGGGCCUUAGCCCCGGAGGCAAGCGCAGGAGAGGCUGCAGCUCUGAACAGGCCGGCCUUCCCCCAGGUCUGCCACUCCCUCCACCACCCCCACCCCCACCGCCCCCACCCCCACCCCCACCCCCUCCACCACCACCGCUGCCUGGCCUGGCUAUUAGCCCCCCAUUUCAGCUGACUAAGCCAGGGCUGUGGAAUACCCUGCAUGGAGAUGCUUGGGGCCCCGAGCGCAAGGGUUCAGCGCCCCUGGAGCGCCAGGAGCAGCGGCACUCGAUGCCUCAUUCAUAUCCAUACCCAGCCCCUGCCUACACUGCUCAUCCGCCCAGCCAUCGGCUGGUCCCCGCCACACCCCUUGGUCCAGGUCCCCGACCCCCAGGAGCAGAGAGCCAUGGCUGCCUGCCUGCCACCCGUCCCCCCGGAAGUGACCUUAGAGAGAGCAGAGUUCAGAGGUCGCGGAUGGACUCCAGCGUUUCACCAGCAGCAUCUACCGCCUGCGUGCCUUACGCCCCUUCCCGGCCCCCUGGCCUCCCCGGCACCAGCAGCAGCAGCAGCAGCAGCAGCAGCAGCAGCAGCAGCAGUAGCAGUAACAACACUGGUCUUCGGGGUGUGGAGCCAAGCCCAGGCAUUCCUGGCGCUGACCAUUACCAAAACCCUGCGCUGGAGAUAUCCCCUCACCAGGCCCGCCUGGGUCCCUCCGCACACAGCAGUCGGAAACCAUUUUUGACGGCCCCUGCUGCCACGCCCCACUUAUCCCUACCCCCAGGGACCCCGUCAUCCCCCCCUCCACCCCCAUGUCCUCGCCUCUUGCGCCCUCCGCCGCCCCCUGCUUGGAUGAAGGGCUCAGCCUGCCGUGCAGCCCGAGAGGAUGGCGAGAUCUUAGGGGAGCUCUUCUUUGGUGCUGAGGGACCUCCCCGUCCUGCUCCCCCACCCCUUCCCCACCGUGAUGGCUUCUUGGGGCCUCCAAACCCCCGCUUUUCUGUGGGCACUCAGGAUUCGCAUACCCCUCCCGUUCCCCCAACCACCACCACCAGCAGCAGCAGCAGCCACAGCAGUAGUCCUACUGGGCCGGUGCCCUUCCCACCACCCUCCUAUCUGGCCAGAAGUAUAGAUCCCCUCCCCAGGCCAUCCAGCCCAACCUUGAGCCCCCAGGACCCACCUCUUCCACCACUGACUCUUGCCCUGCCUCCAGCCCCUCCCUCCUCCUGCCACCAAAAUACCUCAGGAAGCUUCAGGCGCUCGGAGAGCCCCCGGCCCAGGGUCUCCUUCCCAAAGACCCCCGAGGUGGGGCAGGGGCCACCCCCAGGCCCUGUGAGUAAAGCCCCCCAGCCUGUGCCACCUGGGGUUGGAGAGCUGCCCGCCCGAGGCCCGAGGCUCUUUGAUUUCCCACCCACUCCGCUGGAGGACCAGUUUGAAGAGCCAGCCGAAUUCAAGAUCCUACCUGAUGGGCUAGCUAACAUCAUGAAGAUGCUGGAUGAAUCCAUUCGGAAGGAGGAGGAACAGCAGCAGCAGGAGGCAGGCGUGGCUCCCCCACCCCCACUCAAAGAGCCCUUUGCAUCUCUACAGCCUCCAUUUCCCAGUGACACAGCCCCAGCCACCACCACUGCUGCCGCCACCACCGCCACCACCAGCACCACCACCACCACCACCACAACCACCACCCAAGAAGAGGAGAAGAAGCCACCACCAGCCCUGCCACCACCACCGCCUCUAGCCAAGUUUCCUCCACCUCCACCUCCACCUCCCCAGCCACAGCCCCCACCACCUCCGCCAGCCAGCCUGCUCAGAUCGUUGGCCUCUGUUCUCGAGGGACAAAAGUACUGUUACCGGGGGACUGGAGCAGCCGUCUCAACUAGGCCCGGGUCCGUCCCCGCCACUCAGUAUUCCCCUAGUCCUGCAUCAGGUGCUACCGCCCCACCACCCACUUCAGUGGCCCCUAGCGCCCAGGGCUCCCCCAAGCCCUCUGUUUCCUCGUCAUCUCAGUUCUCUACCUCAGGCGGGCCUUGGGCCCGGGAGCACAGGGCAGGUGAAGAGCCAGCACCAGGCCCCGUGACCCCUGCCCAGUUGCCCCCACCUCUGCCGCUGCCCCCUGCUCGUUCUGAGUCUGAGGUGCUAGAAGAAAUCAGUCGGGCUUGUGAGACCCUUGUAGAGCGGGUGGGCCGGAGUGCCAUCAACCCAGUGGACACAGCAGACCCAGUGGACAGUGGGACUGAGCCACAGCCGCCUCCUGCGCAGGCCAAGGAGGAGAGUGGGGGGGUGGCGGUAGCAGCAGCAGGUCCAGGUAGUGGCAAGCGUCGUCAGAAGGAGCAUCGGCGGCAUAGACGGGCCUGUAGGGACAGUGUGGGUCGACGUCCCCGCGAGGGGAGGGCCAAGGCCAAGGCCAAGGCUCCCAAAGAAAAGAGCCGAAGGGUGCUGGGGAACCUAGACUUGCAGAGUGAGGAGAUCCAGGGCCGGGAGAAGGCCCGGCCUGAUGUGGGUGGGGCUUCCAAAGUCAAGACACCCACAGCUCCGGCGCCCCCACCUGCUCCUGCACCCUCUGCUCAGCCGACACCCCCAUCAGCUCCUGUCCCUGGGAAGAAGACUCGCGAGGAAGCCCCGGGGCCUCCAGGCGUGAGCCGGGCAGACAUGCUGAAGCUCCGGUCACUUAGUGAGGGGCCUCCCAAGGAGCUGAAGAUCAGGCUCAUCAAGGUAGAGAGUGGGGACAAGGAGACCUUUAUCGCCUCUGAGGUGGAAGAGCGGCGGCUGCGCAUGGCAGACCUCACCAUUAGCCACUGUGCUGCCGAUGUCAUGCGUGCCAGCAAGAAUGCCAAGGUGAAAGGGAAAUUCCGAGAGUCCUACCUUUCCCCUGCCCAGUCUGUGAAACCCAAGAUCAACACCGAGGAGAAGCUGCCCCGGGAGAAACUCAACCCCCCCACACCCAGCAUCUAUUUGGAGAGCAAACGAGAUGCCUUUUCGCCGGUCCUCCUUCAGUUCUGUACAGACCCCCGGAACCCCAUCACCGUCAUCAGGGGCCUGGCUGGUUCACUUCGGCUCAACUUAGGCCUUUUCUCCACCAAGACGCUGGUGGAGGCGAGCGGUGAACAUACAGUGGAGGUCCGCACCCAAGUGCAGCAGCCCUCAGACGAGAACUGGGACUUGACAGGUACCAGACAAAUCUGGCCCUGUGAGAGCUCCCGUUCCCACACCACCAUCGCUAAAUAUGCACAGUACCAGGCUUCGUCCUUCCAGGAGUCACUGCAGGAGGAGAAGGAGAGUGAGGACGAGGAGUCCGAGGAACCAGACAGCACUACGGGAACCUCUCCCGGCAGCAGUGCACCGGACCCCAAGAACCAUCACAUCAUCAAGUUUGGCACUAACAUCGACCUGUCUGAUGCCAAGAGGUGGAAGCCACAACUACAGGAGCUGCUGAAACUGCCCGCCUUCAUGCGGGUAACAUCCACAGGCAAUAUGCUCAGCCACGUGGGCCACACCAUCCUGGGCAUGAACACCGUGCAGCUAUACAUGAAGGUCCCUGGCAGCCGAACGCCAGGCCACCAAGAGAAUAACAAUUUCUGCUCUGUCAACAUCAACAUCGGGCCCGGGGACUGCGAGUGGUUCGCGGUACAUGAGCACUAUUGGGAGACCAUCAGCGCCUUCUGCGACCGGCAUGGUGUGGACUACUUGACUGGUUCCUGGUGGCCAAUCUUGGAUGACCUCUAUGCGUCCAAUAUUCCUGUUUACCGCUUCGUGCAGCGCCCUGGAGACCUUGUGUGGAUUAAUGCUGGGACUGUGCACUGGGUGCAGGCUACUGGCUGGUGCAACAACAUUGCCUGGAACGUGGGGCCCCUCACCGCCUAUCAGUACCAGCUGGCCCUGGAGCGAUAUGAGUGGAACGAGGUGAAGAACGUUAAGUCCAUUGUGCCCAUGAUUCAUGUGUCCUGGAACGUCGCUCGGACGGUCAAGAUCAGCGAUCCUGACUUGUUCAAGAUGAUCAAGUUCUGCCUCCUGCAGUCAAUGAAGCACUGUCAGGUGCAGCGGGAGAGCCUGGUGCGGGCAGGGAAGAAGAUCGCUUACCAAGGCCGUGUCAAGGACGAGCCUGCCUACUACUGCAACGAAUGCGACGUGGAGGUGUUCAACAUCCUGUUCGUUACAAGUGAGAAUGGCAGCCGAAACACGUACCUGGUGCACUGCGAGGGCUGUGCGCGCCGUCGCAGCGCGGGCCUGCAGGGCGUGGUGGUGCUAGAGCAGUACCGCACCGAGGAGCUGGCGCAGGCCUACGAUGCCUUCACACUGGCUCCCGCCAGCACGUCGCGAUGAGGCCGGACGCCCCGCUCGCCCGCCCACGCUGGGCGCGGCGGGGCCACCAGCACACGCCUGGGCUGGACCUAGGUCCCGCCUCUGGCCGGGAAGGGGGUCGGGCCCAGCCCUUCCACCCUAUUGGCAGCUCCCCUCACUUAAUUUAUUAA